AUGGAGUCCCGUCGUCAAGGGAGAUCCUCGUCGAACUUGGACAACAAAGGUAAUUAUUUUAACAAAACAAAAAUGAUGAGAAAAAUGGAAAACUUCUACAAAAAGUAAGAAAUUGUUUGAAAGUUCAGAUGAAUAGGCUUUUCACAACAAAGUUUUCAAUUCCUUUGUUUUUUUUUCUGAACACAUGAGGUCCAGAAGAUAUUUUUUAUUGACGAGCGCUCUUCAAAACUAGGGAAAAUUGUUCGAAUAAAUCUAAAAAACAUCGUAUGAUGUUAUGUGAGCCACGAAACUUAUUUAGGAAGUUUAGGCCUGCGUUCAAUUUCGGCCUGUCCUUCUCGCGUGAUCAAUCCGCAAAAGACUACUCAUGGUAAGUUUCGAAUAUCGGAUGUGUACGAGAUCAUUGGAAGUUUUCAUUCCAUUUCUCCGCAUUUCAGAAGUAGUGAUAUAUUCUUUGAACAAAAAAUUGGAGUUUAGGAGCCGCCGUCGUUCAUUCUCACAAACUCUCUGCCAUGCAAAAACGAGUACCCUGGGACCUUUCCCUGGCUGUCAAAAAAAGGUAAAAUAGUUAAAAUGAAAACUUCUUGAUUUUUUCUUCAAGAUAUUCAUUACUUUAGUGCUCAUUAUGAAUGAAAGAUGGAGAAAAAAGUAUUCUUUUCUGAUAUCUUCAUACAACAAUAAUGUUUUUCAGAGAAACAAGAGAGAAAAGAAGAUGAAGAUUAUUACCUUAAAUUGAGCCAGCUGGAUCUCAAUACGGACUACGCUCAAAUGGUCCCAAUCGUCGAAGCCCGGCGGGCAGUCCUAGCCGAAAGAGGUUGGUAUUUUUCUUUCUAUUGUACUAUUGUAUUGAAAAUUUACAAUUGGUUCAUCACUCGAAGAAAGGAAUGUAGAGCAAAAACUUUCUGAAAGUCUGAGACUGACGGAAAAAAUUCCUUUCAAUAAGUUUGUUUUCCUACUGCUGAAUAAUGAACAGAUGAAUCGGAAAUUUUUCAGCGUCUCGACCUGUGAAGAACGACCACGUCGCACCUUUCUUUCCAAAUCGACGAUCUAAAAAGCACGGGUCAUCACGCCGCUGUUUCCAUCGCGGAAACCCCGAAAUUUUUGUAAGAAACUUUUUUUCAUUCAGAGUAAAAAAACGUCAAAGUUUUUCUAUUUUUGUAUUUCAAAAAAAUGAUAGUUUUUUUCUCAGAAAGGCAUGGCACAGAAUGAAAAAUAAUUUGUCUUUCAGUCAUUUCCAAGGUUAUUCAAUGAAAUUUCGUGAACAUUUCAGAAGAAAAGCUCUAAACUAGACUUAUUUUUUGCAGGCCUUAGAAAAGAGACCCGCAAUUUUGCCUCCAAGGAUUCGAAAGUUCCUCACCGUGAACCAAUCGCGAAGGCCAUCAAAAAUAAAACAGGUAAGUGAAUUAUAAUCACUAAAAGAAGCAUAAAAUAUUUAAGAAGUUACUGAAGUCUCCCGAAAAUUAAAUUCCAAAAAGGAAAAACAAGAUCAGCAUUGUAAAAAGUACUGGAAAACCCUUCUAAUUUGAUGUGAAAAAUUUUUUUGAGUUACUAUUUGAAAAAAAUUCCUUUUUUCAACCGACAUGUAAGAAAUUCAACCGGAACUUGUGAUCGCAAAAAGACUUCAAUUAGGAUUUUUCAUAGAGCCAUCAAAUCUUCAUCUUGCAGAUGUUCCCGGAUAUCGCAAUAUUGGUUUUUUUCUGAAUGUUCGAAGGUCGACUUAGAUUCCGCUUUUUUUACGUCGAGAAGAGUGAAGGUAAAAAAACUUUACUAAUUCAAAUUUGAAAAACGAUCACUUAUCUAUUUAUCUCAUAUAACUUCAUAUGAUAUUUUUUUCCAAUUUUUUUGCUUCAAAUUAUGAAAAAAACAUCACUUACUCAAAAUAAAAAAAUACGAUUUCUGCAGAGAAGUCGACUUUUGCCCGAUCGUCGCAUUUCCAAUACGAAACGACUCGCUGGUGAGAAAAUUUCCUAUUCCAAAAAAAUACGAAAAUUCAUUUUUUUCAAGAGCUUUCUUGAAAGCGAAUAUAGCAGCCAAAAAGAAAAAAAUUCUUCCGAGCGAAAAAAACCUUUUUGAAAAAAAGUUUUAUUCAAUUUUGCAGUAGAAGUUUUUCUCAGGAAAAUUUUUGAUGAGAUAUCUCAAUUUCGGAGAUAAAAAAUUUUCAUGAAAAUAUCUCUGACGUAACGGAUAAGAAUUUAUGUAGCCUAUAAGUUUGAAAAAUUUUUCUUAAAUUUUAUUUUUCUUUAUUGAUAUUAUUUUUCAUAACUACUUUUCAGGUGAUGUUCCAAAUUUUAAUAAUGAGCUUUCAGUUGUUUCGGAGUCCAUGGUGGACCUGGAAAACUCGGACAUGUUCCAGGACAUUGAAAACUAUAUAGCAAACAUCCGUUCGCAGAAGCAGCUCACCAAAGGUGAGAAAAAGACGUUUUGCGCUCAUUUGGGCCGUUUCACAAACUUCAAAAUCAUUUCUCAUCGUAGAACUUUUUUUUCAGAGUCGAACCCCGAUCGUCGAAUGGAGUCGUUUGAAGACUUCCACACAGUCAAAGCAUCCCUGGAAAAGCCUGAUAUUUCAGGUAUCAGUAGUAGUUUAGACAAUUUUAUGAGUUCAUCGCAUAUGUCUUUAUCAGGAUUUGAAUAUAAACUUUUUUGGGAUAAAUUCACCAUAUCAGGAAAGAAAACUUUUUAGAAUACGUUUAGAUUUUUUACUGCAUGCACUUGGUUCUCAUGUCAUUUUAAAUUUGUGAAAAAGCGAGAAAAGAAAGAGUGUACAACUUUAAUGUUGAACUAGUUUAUUCCUAUCUUGAAAACUUACAAGUGAAAUGUGUUUGGAUUGCAGUGUAGAAACAAUAAUUUGAAAAGUUCUGCUCUACGGAAGGAAAUUAAUGAAUUCCAUUCCUUUGAAACAUAAAAAAAUAAUUAUUCCAAUAUUUCAGGUGGCACCGGAGCUGUUGUCGACAAACUGAUUACUGGAGGAAAGAAAAUCGCUGUGAAGAAAUCGUCUGAGGAGAAAAUCCACAAAGGCUCCCAGAACAGAGAUUGA